AUUACUACUAUUUUUCUGUUGGGAUUAAAAGCGAGGUUAUCCAUAAAAUGUUUGUUAUCAGAAUGAUUACACACACGUCUAAUGUACAUUUAGUAUUCGCAAAUGAUAGUUGUGGAAUGAAAAUAGAUAUUAAUUCGAAUAAUCGAUUUUGAGUAAGAAUUUUGUGGAAAAAAGAUAAUGAUAAGUUAUCUGUUUAUUUGAACAGAAACAAGAACAGAAAUAAGAGUCAAAAGGAAAACUAAGUUACUCGUGUAUUGGAGAUUGAAGCUACAGGCUCAAUCUUCGAGCGGUGGCGUACAAGCGCAGGAAGGUAGUUGAAGUUUGCUUUAUUAAAGCAGAUUAAAUCAUCGAUUGCAGGAAUUCUAAUAAUGGAUAUAUUAAGGAAUGUAUCGUCGGCUUUUUGGUCAACUGAUGUUUGGUUACCGCCUAAUAUAACGUGGGAAGAUAUCAAACCAAAUUCAGAUAAUAAAUAUGCAGACUAUCAACAUUUAAUUUAUCCUCUGCCUAUGGCAUUUGUUCUUUUGAUAAUUAGAUACGCCCUAGAAAGGUACUGUUUCGCGCCCAUUGGUAAGUCCCUUGGUAUAAAAAAUACAAGAACAAAAAAAGCUACACCAAAUGAAAUAUUAGAAAAAGCCUAUCGUAGCAGAAAAAUUAAACAUAAACAGAUCCUGGCACUGGCUAAACAAUUAGAUUGGUCUGAACGACAAGUAGAAAGAUGGUUGCGAUUAAGACGUACUCAGGAUAAGCCAUCAACACUUACAAAAUUUUGUGAAAACAGCUGGCGAUGUUUAUAUUACAUAUACUCAUUUCUCUACGGACUAAUUAUUUUAUGGAACAAGCCAUGGUUGUGGGACAUAAAUCACUGUUAUUAUAAUUAUCCAUAUCAUCCAGUUUCAAAUGAUAUAUGGUGGUACUAUAUGAUAUCAAUGGCGUUUUACUGGUCUCUAAGUUUUUCUCAAUUUUUUGAUGUAAAAAGAAAAGAUUUUUGGCAAAUGUUCAUUCACCAUAUAGCUACUAUUGUAUUAAUGUGCUUUUCAUGGGUUGGAAACCUAACCAGAAUUGGCUCAUUGGUGUUAUUAGUUCAUGAUUGUGCAGAUAUUUUUCUAGAAGCUGCAAAAAUGGCUAAAUAUGCUAACUACCAGAAAUUAUGUGAUUGUAUAUUCGUCAUUUUUACAGUCCUAUGGAUUAUCACACGUAUUGGUGUUUAUCCAUUUUGGAUAAUUUAUAGCACAUCGAUAAAGGCACCUAAAAUAGUACCUAUGUUCCCAGCAUAUUAUAUUUUCAAUUCUUUGCUAAUUUUAUUGUUAUUCCUUCACAUGAUCUGGACAUAUUUAAUUCUUAAAAUCGCAUACAACGCUUUCUAUGCCGGCCAAAUGGAAGGAGAUAUUCGUAGUAGCAGCAGUGAAGAUAUUUCAGAUAACUCCAUUGAUAGUACACCACUAAAUAAUUCUACGAAUUAUGUUACCAAGCAAAAUUCCAGACAGAAGGUUCACUAACAAAUAAAUUUCUAGAAAAAAGGUUAUUGCAACAGUAAUAAGGCAAGAAUUCAAAUAUUUAGCCGGGCGCCAAUUAAUUUCAGCGAAUUUAAUAAACCCUUGCAUUUAUCGUAGUAUGAUAAUUAAAAACCUUAACUUCGAUAAAGUUAUUAAAAAGGUCAUUGACCUUUAAAACAUUCGCCUUCUUUAGUUAUUAUUUUUUUAAAUAAUUUAGCACUACAAAGAAGUCAUUUAAUUGUUUCAUGAAACAAUCAUUCAUUAUUUUAAUGUUUUUACGUGUGAAAGAGUGAAUAUUAAGAACUACGAAUUAUUCUUUUUAUUAUUACUCAUACCAUUUAUUUAUAUCUAUUUUAUUUAAUAAUUUAAGAAAUCGUGUUUUUCUUCCUUUUUAAGUAAAUUUUGAUUAUUUAGUCAAACAAAUGAUGGACCAAAGUUUAAAAACGUUCAAUAUUUGUAAUUUCUAAAUCUUCUUAAAGUUUAGUACUUCAUUAUGUUUAAUAAUGCUUAUUUAUUCUUAUAUGUUUUACAAAUGAUGUCCCAAAUUUUUGAAUUAAGGAAAUUAAUAAUAAUGUAUCAAAUGGGGUUAAUCCACUUUAUCUUUAAUUAACCUCCUUUAUUAUAGUUCUUUGAGGAUAUUUAAUUAAUUUAAUUAUUGUAAUAUUAGUGUUUCUUAUAUAAAAAUAAAUGUAUUGUUCAUUUUACUCUCCAAAAUGUACAUUGAUAUUUAGACUAUAAAAGUUAUCAAAGCACUAUGAAUAAAAAUCUAGAAAAUAUAUAGUAUGCACUAAUUUAUUUACAUAUAUGACAAGCAAAAAGAGAAAUUUGUAAAUAAAUAUUGAUUGUGAUAUUCAUCCUUAAUGUAUAACCUGUCU